GGUAGGGUACGGAGUAGAGGCACAACGCAAGUCGCCGAACUUAGCAAUGCCCUGAAGGAUGCAACAACUACGAAUAAGAAUAAUUUUGAGAAAUACUGUAGUGGUCUUAAUAAGGUGAAUGGUGUAGAGCAGGGAAAGGAGGCUUGCCUCCUUAUAGCAGCAGGAUUAAAAAGUGUCUACGACAUCAAGGACAACGACAACCGCAGCGGUAUCGACGUUUUUGCAUCGUUCAAAAGAACGAUGCAAUGUGUUUUAUUAAAUGCUAUUGCAGACAAAAUGGAGAAGGAACUUCCAUGUAAAGAGGAAAGGAGUGUAGUUAAUGGAAUAAAUAAGGCCUUUGAGAAGAGUGGUGAAAUUAUGACUGCAGGUGAAGGUUGCAAGGAUAAUCCUGAUAAGUGUUUUCAGUGUCCGAGGUUUGACAAAUAUAAAGAUUGCGAAAUUAACACAAAUGACACCUCUGGGACGAAGAAAGAGAAGUUAUAUGAGGAAAUUGACCCAAAAUUGGCAGAUAAUGGUUUGACUAAUAAUACUAGUUCCUUAUCGAAGUCUUCUCUUAUCAAGACCAUAU